AUGGCUAAAUGCACCUAGAAGGUCGGAAGCCUCGGUAAAUAGGGGACCCAUCAUGGUGCCUCCCACAGGAAAAUGGCGAGAGAGAUUGAAAUAAGCCAGCACACUGAGUACACUUGCUCCUUCUGUGGCAUCACCAAGAUGGAAGACGAGCUGUGGGGAUCUGGCUGUGGUUCCUGCAUGAGAACGGCGGCCCGUGGCUCCUGGCCCUACAACACUGCGUGUGCCGUUACCGUAAAGUCAGCCAUCAGACUGAAGGACUUGAAAGACCAGUAG